AUGGAGCAGUGGGCAAAUGCUGCGAAGGAGUAUCCGGAGUGGUGGACACAGAGUCACGGAGACGAUCUGCUGCUCCGAAGGACCAAGAGGAGACUGAGGAUCGAAUAUGGCCAACUUCGAAAUGAUAAGGGCAAGAUAAGGGCUAUUGAUGUUCAACAGACGCUUCUUUCUGCGAACAGUUGCGAGCAAUGGCCGAACCAUCACGAGACGUUGGGUAUAUUUUCGGACCAAACAGAUGUGUUGGACUACUUGCCAAGAUCUUCUUUGGAGAACCCCUCAAAUAACCAAAGCAUAUCCAACUCAAAUCUCUAUCCUUCGUCUUCGGCAGCAAGCAGCCAAGUCUGGGGCGACGGCUUGGGAGAAAGGUUUCCGACCGUGCAAGGGCUUCCGAGGACAAUUGGUAUGCCGAAUCUGGGUCAAGAAACAGUGAACGCAGCGAACGCGUCUACCAUGUACCCUAAUUCAGAGGACCAAGCGGAUAUUUGGACAGCAUACGAACCAUUACAACCUAAUUUGACGUUUGGGCAAGUCUGGGGUGAGGGAGAUGACGCAGUUCAACCAGAAAGGCCGCAGAAUGAAAUCAUGCAACAAACUCCAAGUUUGAGCAACGUGGUGCUUAAUCUCGACGAUCCAUUCUGGAAUGAAAUGUUGGCAUUCGGCGGUGGAUUUGCGUUGGGAAGUAAUACGGACACUGGCGAGGGCGGCAGCAAUAAUCCGGCGCAUUCUCUGCGAUAG